UCAGGAGGACAGAAUGUGUGAAAGUCUGCGGUAAUCCAUUCUCACAUAUGCAGCAGUAGUAUGCUAGUAGGCUGUGUGAAAGUUACACAGACCACACAAUCACCAAGUCGGUUAAGAGGUAGACGACUGUACGUGUGACGCUGCAGGUCAGAUAUCAAUGAAUCAAUCGAGCGCGCGCCCCGUCAGCAGUGACGACGAAGCUACACUCCCGAGCUCCCGAAGGAACCCGAAGGAGCAGGAACAAAAAUAAAUAAUAAAACAACAUUUUUCCGGAAGUUUACCGACACCUGCGACCGUGGUGGCUUCUGUAACAUGGAAACUUUUCACCUAUCGCAGGGUAUAUCAACACCGCAACAACAAGCGUGAAGCCGUGGACUUCAACCUCAGGCCUGUGUUUUGAGUGUGGAAGAUGACGUCCCCAUGGUGUGCACUUGGAAACAAAAUCAGCUCUCUGGGUCUGUCUGAUCUUUCAAAGCACACACACGCACCGCGCUCCAGCAUACUGUGUGGGGUGCUCUUCCCUGAUGGCACGGCACAUACUUUCACUGUCAGUAAACAUGAUGCUGGGCAUCUGCUGUUUGACCUGGCUUGUGAACAUCUUGGCAUAGUAGAGAAACAAUACUUCAGCCUUCAGAUCAGUGAAGAUACCGCUAGUUCACCUAGGUGGCUGGACCCCAACAAACCUUUCAAAAAGCAGCUCAAAGGUACUGAUCCGUUCUAUUUAAUAUUCAGAGUGCGGUUCUUCAUCUCUGACCCUAACUCUCUUCAGCAUGAACAGACCAGGCACUUUUAUUUUUCGCAAAUUAAGAAAGACAUCCGUGAGGGCAGGUUAAAGUGUCCCCUAAGUUCUGCUGUGGUGCUGGCGUCGUAUGCUGUUCAGUCUGAGUUGGGAGAUUAUGUCCCUGAGACUCCUGCUGGAUAUCUUGACCAUAUCAGUUUUAUACCUGAGCAAGACAAGGACUUCCUCAUCAAAGUAGAGUCACUGCAUCCUCAGCAUAAAGGCCUUUCUCAGAGUGAGGCAGAGCUGUGUUAUCUGAACACAGCUAGAACGUUAGAUCUCUAUGGAGUGGAGCUUCAUAGUGCACGGGAUGCUAAUAACCCUUCUCUUUGGGUUGGAAUUGCAUCAGGAGGUGUGGCCAUGUUUUGCAAUUUGGUUUGCUCCAGUUUCUUCCCCUGGAUUAAUGUCAUCAAGAUUUCUUUCAAAAGAAAAAGAUUCUUCAUACAUCUGCGACGGAAACAUGGAGAGGUUGGGCAGCAAGUUGUGUCUGUCUCCAUGCCCAGCUCUCGUGCCUGUAAGAACCUCUGGAGAUCCUGUGUGGACCAUCACACCUUCUACAACAGAAAAAACCCACAUGCAGUCUCAAAACCUAGGCCAGUCCCUCUGUAUAGGAAACUGAUAGGUGACAUGAUGUGGAAUCCUAUAAUAAAAUCUCUCUCCACUGAAGAUCUGGAAACCAAGAGUCUCCCCUCAAGAUCCCCACCCAGCACACCUAACUGGCGUAGUCCUCGCUUGCGACAUGAUUUUCGUAAGCCACGUCCAUCCUCUGUGGACAAUCUCACCAAUGAGAUGAGUUAUGUGACCGAGAGUGAAGAUGUGUUCUAUACGUACAGAAAAGCUCAAGAAGAUGAGAAGACUAGCAGUGUUCAGUGUCACACUGAUGAGCUUGUCACAGGGGAUGAAGAAGACUGGCAGUGUCUCUGGGAUAAGAAUAUGGCAGCUGAUGGAGAACUACUGCUAGUGAGAAUCAGUCCAGACCAAGAUGGCAAGUUUGGCUUUAAUGUCAAAGGAGGUGUGGAUCAGAAGAUGCCUUUGGCCAUUUCUCAUGUAAACCCUAACUCUCCGGCUGGUCGCUGUGUGCCUGCAUUGUUGGAGGGAGAUCAGGUGUUGUUGAUAAAUGGACGAGACAUUUCAGAACACACACAUCAGCAGGUGGUUAUGUUCAUCAAAGCCAGCAGAGAGUCCCACAGCAAGGAACUUGCUCUGCUUGUACGGCGAAAAGGUAUCUCUUUACGAGCUGAAACCCCCCUGCAGUUCGGUGGUGGCCUUAACCUACAGGAAGAAAUGGCCCCGCCUCUCAGUUACCCAUCUGGAGAGACAUUGGAAGAGGCCAUGGUCCGCCUGGAGAGGGGACUGACCUCUGGCACCUUACUGUUGCAGUUUGAGAAACUGUACAGGAAGAAUCCUGGAUUGCUAAUUUCUUGUGCAAAGCUGUCUGAGAACAUGGACAAGAAUCGAUACAAAGAUGUAUUACCAUAUGACAUCACCAGGGUGGUGUUGCAGGCGGAGGAGGAUAAUUACAUCAAUGCCAGUCAUGUGAAGACUGAGCCAGCGGGUGCUGUGUUACAGUACAUGGCAGCACAGGGACCAUUACCUCACACGUGUACCCACUUCUGGAGGAGCGUGUGGGAACAGGGAGUGACUGUCAUCAUCAUGCUGACCACAUUGACCGAGAGAGGACGGACCAAAUGCCACCAGUACUGGCCUCAUCCACCUGAAGUGAAGGACUAUGACUAUCUUCAAGUGUGCUGCCAUUCAGAAGAGUGUAACCUGGCAUAUGUCACCAGAGAGCUAACGCUCAAAAACACACAGCUGGGACAAAAGCGCUCCAUCACCCAUUUACAGUAUGUUGCUUGGCCAGAUCACGGGGUUCCAGAAGAGUCUUCAGACUUUCUGGACUUUGUCCAGACAGUGAGAAGCAAACGAAGGGAUACAGAACCACUUAUGGUCCACUGCAGUGCUGGGAUUGGGCGGACAGGUGUGCUGAUCACCAUGGAGACAGCCCUGAUCCUGAUGGAGAGUGCAAAGCCAGUGUAUCCUCUUGAGAUAGUCACUUCACUGAGGGAGCAAAGAGCCAUGAUGGUCCAAACCUCGUGCCAAUUCAGCUUUGUGUGUGAGGCCAUCCUGCGCGUGUACCGAGAGAGAUUCAAACCCAGCCAAACACCUAGCAGCUGACGAGAAGAGGACAGGAGGGGUGGAUAUGAAUACAGAAAUGGAGAGAGAAACACAAAAGGGGUAGUAGGGAUAAUAGAACAUAAGCUGAGAGGGAUUUAGCCAGUUUUUCUCCGCACUGAUAGGAGUACAACCAAAGAUUGAGUGAAAGAAACAGAAGGAAGGAAAAAAGACAUGGAAAUAAGUAUAUUAGUCAAAGACAGAGUGGAGAGAGCAAACAAGGUUCAGAAAAUGGAUAGACACUCUUCUCCUUUCAACUGUAGUGCCCUAGCUUUGAUUUCCAGGUCACAGUAUCACCUGGAUCUGUCGCCUCACUGAGCUAGCAUCGCUUCUUCCUUGUUGAAGGGGGAGGGUCGUUCAAAUACAAUUCAUAUUUGUAUCAUAGAGUGCCUGAAUACAAUGACAAGCACUAAGGAAUUAAUAAACAAAUCUCUAGUAUCUGUUUUGCCAGAGCAGACAACUUUUCCUCAGGCACUUUUGCUAACAGCAGUUCUAGUCAGAGAUAUGCAGUGGUACUAAAUUGAGGGCUCUUUGAAGCACUUUUUUUUUAUACAGCUGCACAGUCGUGCUGCCUAGAACCAGACACGACUGUAGCUCAUCUGGAUGACUUUGAGGAUGUCACCGUCACUGGAACCAAAACUAGCAGCACCUUCACAACCGUGUGGAUCAAUGGAGGGGACAUAAAGCACUUUGUCACUUUUAAGUAUGAUUCUUAUUGCUCACAUACAAAUGCACAGUAGGCCUAUGCAUAAAGAGGGAUAAUACUAAAACAAUCAACCAUCACCUCUGCUAAUAAAGUAAAGAAAUUGUUGAUA